CGCGCGCAGCGCGGGGAAGGCGUUACGGGUAGGACCCUCCGCCGCCCUCGCCGCCCGCCAUGCAGCUCCGCUUCUCCGUCCCGGACGCGGCGCUGGCGCUGCCGCCGCCGCCGCUGCUCAGCUUCCCCUCCGUCUGGACGGCGGGCUGCUUCUGGAUCAGCGCCCUGCUGGACAACGGCGUCAACCGCAGGCCCGUCCUGCGCGCCGGUCUCCAUCGUCAGGUCCUGAUGAUCACUCUGGGUUUUUGUUUGGGCUACUACGUGAAGAGGUUCUCCAAUUACUAUUAUGCUGAGAGGGACAGGGAGCUUUUCAGCUACAUAAAGCAACAUCCCGAGGACUUUGUGGAAAAAGGAUAAUUUCCUGUUUUGGUAGAACCAAGAAAGGUGGGCGAUAUUCUGGAAGACUUCACCCCAAUUCGCUGAAGACUGCAAGCAGAUCCGGCCAUCUUUGGUGUGUCUUUCGCGACACCCCGCUCUUGCGCAUGGAAGCCCUUGGGGUCAAAUAGCCGGCUGACCAAUGUGGAUCGUAUCCUUUCUAAUUAAAGCUAUAUGAAGGUG